AUGCACAUCCUCAUAGUCAACGACGACGGGCCUCCCUCCGCCCACUCUUCCCCCUACGUCCACUCCCUCGUCCGCGGGCUGCAAGCCGCAGGCCACACCGUCUCCGUCUGCCUGCCGCACACUCAACGCUCCUGGAUCGGCAAAGCCCACAUGAUCGGCCAAACCGUCAAGCCGCUCUACUACCGCCCGCCCCCCGCCUCCUCCCCGGCCGCCGGCCUGACCACCGCUCUCGUCCCUUCCUCUGAAAAACCCGAGCAAGUCGUCAACGUAACCGACCACGGCUCCGUCCACCUCCGCCCCUCCACCGUGCCGGGAACAGAAGAAUGGAUCCUCGUCGACGGCACGCCCGCCUCGUGCGUGCAAAUCGGGCUCUACCACUUCUUCCAAGACCGUGGGCCCGUCGACCUCGUCGUGUCCGGCCCCAACUACGGGCGCAACACCACGGCCGUCUUUGCCUUGUCGUCCGGAACCUUGGGCGGCGCACUGGAAGCGGCCGUGUGCAAGCGUCGCGCCAUUGCGCUGUCUUAUGCCUUUUUCAACCGCAACCACGACCCGGCCAUCAUCACCAAGGCGAGCCGGCAGUCGGUGCGGGUGAUUGAGGCGUUGUGGAAGCAGUGGCCGACGGAUGGAUCUGUGGAUCUGUACAGUGUCAAUGUCCCGCUGUUGGAGGGACUAGAGGAGGGCAAAGUGUUGUACACGCCCAUGUUGCAGAAUUAUUGGGGGGCGGGCAGCUGUUUUGAGGAGGUGGAAGGGUCGGUGGAUGGCGAGGAGGUAGAUGAGGAACGGAUCAGAGAGGGCGGGGGCGCAGAUGCCGAGACGGGGGAUGGUGGUGGUGGUCUGGAUGUGGGUGAUGGUAAGAGGGACGGAAGGGAAGGGUUGCAUACCCAUAAGCACUUUAAGUGGAGUCCAAGGUUUACGGAUGUCUAUAAGAGUGUGGAGGAGGCGCCGCCGGGGAAUGAUGGGUGGGCGGUCAAGGAGGGGCAUACCAGUGUCACCCCGCUCAAAGCCAACUUCUGGAAUACGGCCGAGAAUUUGCACGGCAAAGAGUUGCAGCUGCCUCCUCUUGAGACACCCUCAGCUACCAAGACCAAGACCGAGUCUACGACCACUCUCCCCAUCCGGAAUUCCACCACCACCAAUUCCAAAGACCACCUCUACGCCCUAAUCGACUACCAAGACGCCUACGUCCAACCCCUCAUUCUCUCCGCCAUCGAGAAACUCCUCCCCUCUUCGUCAUACACCCUCCUCCCGUCUCCUUUCACACCCGAAAACAAGGAACCCGAGAUCCAUCUCUCUACCCUUCUUCCCUCUAGCGACGCCAAGAUCCUCCAAAUAACCCCCUACGAAACCAUCGAUUUCGACCACGCCAUGUCCCACCCCGCCACCACCCUCAUCAACUCCUACAUCAUCCGCAAAGCCCUCAUCCGCAAGCACUUUUUGUCGUCCACCGUCGAGAACUGGGUCGCCAAACACCCUACCUCCGCUUUGAAGACGCACGUGAAGAGGGCUGAAGCCUUCGAAGUCGAUUACGCCGAGUUCUUGGAUGAUUCUUUGGUUGAAGCCUUCGACCUGCGCGCGAGCAUGGAGAAGAACGACCAACUCAUUGCCGAAGGAAAAGAAAAGGAAGUAGAAUGGUGGAUUCUGAAACCAAGCAUGAGUGAUCGCGGACAAGGAAUUCGAUUAUUCAGCACGAUGGACGAACUUCAAACCAUUUUUGAUAGCUGGGAAGUCGAUUCCGAUUCCGAAGACGAAGAUGACGACGAAACCACCCAAAAAGACGACGACGACGACUCCGACGACGACUCCGACGACGACUCCGACGACGACUCCGACGACGACUCCGACGCCGGCGGAAACGGAAUCAACACCUCCCACCUCCGCCACUUCAUCGCCCAACCCUACAUCCACCCGCCCCUCUUGCUCCCCGAACUCUCAAACCGCAAGUUCCAUAUCAGGGUGUACGUCCUCGCCAUCGGCGCCCUCAAAGUCUACGUCUACAAGGACAUGCUCGCUUUAUUCGCCGGCGUCCCUUAUACGUCCCCAACCACCUCCUCCUCUGACCCCGACUCCAACCCCGACUCCGAACUCGACCUCUCAGCCCACCUAACCAACACCUGUCUCCAAACCUACCUCUCUCCCAACGCAGCCGAAAACUCCGUCCACCGCUUCUGGGACUUACCUUCCCUUUCGCCGACGCAUUUCCCGCAAUCUAAAGCAGAAAAUAUCUGGGACCAGAUCUGUGAAGUCACGGGUGACUUGUUUGAAGCGGCAGCGAGGGGCAUGAUGAUUCAUUUCCAGCCGAUGGAACAGGCGUUUGAAGUGUAUGGACUGGAUUUCCUGGUGGAUGCGGAUGAUGAGAGUGGAAGAAACACGGCGUGGUUGUUGGAGGUUAAUGCUUUUCCGGACUUUAAGCAGACGGGCGAGUUGAAGGGGGUUGUGGGUGGGUUUUGGGAGGGGGUGGUGAGGGAGGCUGUUGGGGGGUUUGUUGGGGUGAAGAAAGCGGAUGAUGUUGAAGACGAGAAGAUGAGGCUGGUUAGGGAGGUGGAUUUGGGGAGGAGAUGGUAG